CCCUCAAACUCCAAUGCACAACACAUCACGAACUCUUACUCAAAAUGACAGAAAUGCCCUCGUGCACUAUUGAAAACCCUAGUUUCGAGCCUACAAAGGUUAAGAAACAAUACAACAUAUACUCCUCGUUUCUCCCGAUCCUAUUAUCUAUAUUCACGUACAUUUUGAUCUUCUACGUUCUUGACGUCUCCCCUUCAUUGAUCUUCAACAACACAAAGAUCUUGUUCUUUGUCUCAAACGCACUUGUUUUCAUCAUAGCGGCAGAUUACGGUGCAUUCGCUGAGAGAGAGAACCACGACUUAUACGGAGAAUACACCGCCGCUAUGAGAAGCAACACGAUAGAAAACUAUAAACCGGAAAACUCGGGCUAUGAGAUGGGUUUGGCGGAAGAAAUCAAGAAACGUGAGACACAAGAAGAAGCAGUCAGAGCGAAAGAUAUACCACGUUACUUGCAUCACAAGGACGAGGAAGUUCCUGAGAAAACAUUACAAGUCGUAAGCGAGAACAUUCCGAGAUGCAAACUUAUCCAAAAACACGAGCCAACGACUGAGCACAACAUUCGUAAUGGAGAAACUUGCAAAGCAAGAAAACUGGUGAACCCUAAACCGUACGGGAGAAGCAAAUCGGAUAAAGCACGCUCAGAACGUCGUCAUCGAGAGAUCAAACCUAGACCUAAAAGUUACGUUCGAAGCAAGUCUGACGAUAGCUCGAAAUGGAUGGUUGUUCACAAGGGCAAGAAGAAGGCUCAUGAGGAGGCGGAGGAGAAGUGGGAGAAUGUAAGAGAAGAAUCUGAAGAAUUUGCGAAGAUGUCGAACGAGGAGUUGAACCGACGAGUCGAAGAUUUCAUCCAACGGUUCAACAGAGAUAUCAAACGACAAAGUUUAGCCUAAGUUUAAUUUCAUUUAAUUU